GCCCUGUCAGUUCCCAGAAUAGAAGUCCCAUUACGGUGCAGGACUUGAACGCGACUCUCACUGUUUGUCUGCUCAGCACAGGAGACAGGAACCGGCGUUGAAGUUUUUGCUCGGAUCUAACAAGGAUAUUGGCUUUUAUUCUCUUACGUCAACAACCCAAAACUCUUUUAUUAGUCGGCCCCCGCCUCCGUCGUCGCCCUCCUCCGCGUGCUCUUAGUUCAAUCUCACCUGUUGACGCCGACACAAACACUGCUCCGUCAGUUUUUCCCCUGGGAGGGAUUGAAUCAAACCAGGUGGAGGUAAAACAAACCGGCAGAGAAAUAAAACGGGUGUCAGCUCCAUAGAAAACAGUCGGUGAACUCGGAGUGAGUCUGACUUGUGUGCCGGAAAGUGAAAGCGCUUUAAAAGUUUGCUGAAGUGACGUUUGGCUAGUUUUCUCCUCCUCGCGCGUUAGCUGUCUUGUAUUUCGUGGCUUUCUUUGCCACUGUGUUAUGAAGUGAAGGAGCUACAGCUGUUGCUGUUUAGGUUGGAGCCCGUUUUCCAGAUCAAACACAAGUGACAUAAGUGGAGAUGGCUGAAACUUCAGUGGAGCCUCAGAGUGAAAGAGAGUGAUAAGAAUUUGCUGAUUUGCGCACAUGAAAUGCCCCAACAUAACAUGGAAAGCACCAGGAGUCCGUGGCAGCAGGGGCUGCGGCCGCCAUGGAUCACCAGAGUGGCUGGAGGUCAGAGCCCUGCCUCCUCGGGGGCGGAGUCUGACACAGAGAGUAGCAGCACGGAAAGUGAGAGGUCCUGCAUUAAAAAAAUGGAGGUGUGCUCUCUGAGGUCCCUACCUUCACCGUCAAAGCUCCAACAGCGAAUUACAGAGAUUGACCAACAGAAGGAGGAGCUAAAGAUUGAGCUGCAGCUGGAGAUCGCCCUGCUGCAGGGAGAGCUCCAGACGGAGAAGAGCCAGCUGCACAGGCACACGCAGAAGCUGCAGGCUCUACAGCAGGAGGCCAGACAGAAGAAGCACAGACACACCGACAGACAAAAGGAGCGAGAGAGUCUGGAAGAGGAAAGACGCAGGGUGGAGGAGCUGAAGAGAAGGUGUGAGGAGAAGGAGAAGCUGAUUCCAAGUCAGCCAGAGAGCCAAAAGGAGCAGCUAACACUGCAGCUGCAGCAGGAGAAAGAGGUGAUGGAAGUGGCAGUGCGGGCCUUUGAGGACUGGGAGUUCCGUGUUCUGGAGCAAGAGAGCGGCAUUGAUGAGGAGGAUGAGAGCGCAGCAGACGGAGAGAGUGAAGGGGAGAUGAAGAAGGAAAUCUCACAUGAGCAGCAGGCGAUCAACACAGCGCAGGAUCGAGUCCAGCAACUGGAGAAACAGCUGAAGGAGAUGGAGAGGGAGAAGGAGAGGGAGCUGAAUGCCCUGAGGAAAGAGAAGAGAGACCUGGUGCACACAACUCAAACAGUUCUCAAAGAGAAGAAGCCGCUUACCAAUUGGUCGAACAUCACCAUCACUGGCUCAGCUCCCUGCAUGAUGUCACUAUCCCCUCUGACGGUUCACAAGCCUCCUCAGGAGCCAUGCAAAGAAUCUGCCAGUUUGCCCAGAAGACGGAGCUCACAUCGCAACAACAAACUCACUGACAGGCCGCUGUCAGCACAGGGGUUGGUGAGGACGCUUCCAGACAGCCAGAACCCCGAGGCCUUUACUUCCCCCCUCCCCUCCCAUCGGCUCAGCAAUGGGCACAACAGCGUGCACAGACCUGGGACAAGUAACGGUGGCGGGUUUCUCGCUCCCUGCAACAGCACAACAAGCUCCCGUGCUGCCAGCCCAUCUCUGUUAGAUCUUGUGGAGAUCGAGAAGAAACUAAGGGAAGCCAAGGCGGAGAGAGAGCGGCUGCUCAGAGAGAGGGAAGAGAGACGGCGGUUGUUGUUGGAGGAGAGAAGGCAGAAAGAGCUAAACUCACCCAAAACAGAGCCACUGGAGCCCGAGACCCCACAGAGGCCAAAGCCAGAAGAAAAAGAGCAGCUACAUGCCAGUUCUCUCCCAAACUCUCCAGAGCGGGCCCUCCAGCAGCGAAACCUGCCCCUCUUCCUCUCACCCAACUUUGACCUCCGAGCCCACGUGGAGUCUCUGGGUCACGGAGUGUCCGGGUGCACGGACUUGAGGCUGACAUCUCGACGCUGUGCAGGCUUCCUGACCAAACGAGGGGGAAAGGUCAAGACCUGGAAGAAGAGAUGGUUCCUCUUUGACAUGGAUCACAGACGACUAGCCUACUACACAGACUGUGAUGAGAGGAAGCUGAAGGGAGUCAUCUACUUCCAGGCCAUAGAAGAAGUUUACCUCGACCAUCUACGAACAGCCACUUCUUCUCCACGGCCCACUCUGACAUUUUGUGUGAAGACAUACGAUCGUCUUUUCUUUCUGGUGGCUACUAAUCCAGUAUCCAUGCGGAUUUGGAUGGAUGUCAUCGUCACAGCAACAGAUGAGCACAGCCGUUAUUGACCUCUUUCAUAUGUGACUGUGAAACCCUUGAGUGAAGCUACUGAGCACACAACGCAGUGUGUCUUCUCCCCUUGUCUGAGGGGCUGGUUUGGCUGAGAUCCACCUCAAGGGCUGAUUCUGUACCUGGACUCAAGAAUCUGUGGAUAAAGUGCGUGAAACGAGGAGGUGCAGUGGUUUGAGGUGCUUGAACAGAGCGGAGGAAACUGUUACUUGAUGCUUGAGUGGCAGCAGAACCAGCUGCACACCACAAACAGCUUAAAGCACCAGCCUGCAUGCUGGGAGUCUGUUACUGGGAGGUUGUACUCUUUGAGUGUGACCUCCCCCUGCUGGUGAGAGUCCAACAUUACAGGAAGACUGGUGUGCACUACACUACAACGCACUAAAACAGGGGGCAGACACAAUAAUAGCAGCAACUGUACAAUAUAAUGCAGUCCAACAUAACAACCCAUAGAUAAGCCUCAUCAGACUGUCUUGAUUUGUGCUGUGUGUUGUGUUGGAUUGCUCUUUAUUGUCAGGUGUUUACAUUAUUAUGUCCAUAUCCUGUUUAUUUGUUUUCAUAAAUUACAUUUUCAUGAGUUAAGUUAUUAUUUGGAAAUUUAUAUGGGUUUGAUAUGCAAAUAAAUGAAGGCAUAGAUUGUUCUGUUAUGAAUGCACUAUUAAAUGUUUAUUCAUAAA